GGAAGAGACAACUGAUUUUGAGAGGUUUAUAGACACCAAUGAUGUCUAUGGCGACGACUAAAUCAUUUCUUUUGGGUAAAGAAAUUUAUUUGAUUGAGAAAGUGAAGAGAGAUAUAUAUGGCAAAAUAAUAAUAUAAAUGAUAGCCGUCUUGAGAACUCUAGAAGGGAAAAUGUACGUCAUUUAACGUGUAUUUGUGUUAUUCAACCGUGCCUUGAAUCGGUACAAUAUUUAUCAGAAGAACUACGUUCACCAAAAUAUGGACGUUAUUUUGUUUAUUUUACAAAUAUUCUUAGAAAAAACUAUCUAGAAAUGUUGGCAGCAUCAGAUGAUCAUGAAGUUGUACAAUCAUUACAGGAGAUUUUUUCAGAUUAUUUAGCAGUUCAUUCUGAUUUAGCAGCUCUUUAUUUACCUAUUUCAACACAUAAUCUUUGGAAUAAUAGAUGGGAUACAUGGGAUUCAAUAGCUUUACAAAAGUCACGUGACGGACUGAUAUCUAUACUGUUAUCAUUGAAAAAGAAGCCAAUUAUACGGUAUGAAAAGAACAGUAAUAUGGCAAAAGUUCUUGGUAAUGAAGUGAAAAAUAAGAUGGAAGAAGAGGAGCAAUUGUUUAAUUUUUAUCGUAUGGAUACAGCACCAAUUCUUUUGAUAUUAGAUCGUUGCAACGAUCCAGUGACGCCAUUAUUAACUCAAUGGACAUAUGAAGCAAUGGUUCAUGAAUUAGUAGGGAUUGAGAAUGGAUGUGUUGAUAUUUCAAAUAUGAUAUAUGAAAAAAAACUUAAAGAAAUUAUUUUAUCUCCUGAGAAGGAUACAUUUUUUAAGGAAAAUAUGUACUUAAAUUUUGGGGAUUUAGGUACACGUAUUAAAGAAUAUGUGGAUCAUUAUCAUUCAAAAACGAAAUCGAAUAUUGAAAUUCAAAAUGUAUCGGAUAUCAAGCGAUUUAUUGAAGAAUACCCAGAAUUCCGGCAAUUAUCAGGAAAUGUUAGUAAGCAUGUGAUAUUAAUGAGUGAACUUAGUACUCGAGUGAAUAAGGAAUCCUUAUUAGAGGUUAGUGAACUGGAACAAAACUUAGCAUGUAACGAUUCCCACUCAGCAGAUUUAAAAAUUUUGCAAAAACUUAUUCAAAGCCCAAUUUCAAACAAUAACAAGAUUCGACUAGUACUUCUUUAUGCUUUGCGCUAUGAAAAAAACAGAAAUAACGUACUUUCAUCUCUUUUAUUAUCAUUGGCACAAGCUGGCGUAACACCAAAGGAACUUUCUAUCAUUAAUACACUUCUUGAAUAUGCUGGAUCAAGUAAACGACUAGACAACUUAUACGAAUUAGAAAGCAUCUUUUCAAGAGCAAGAAGUGGGUUUAAUGGAUCAAACGACGUUGAAAAUGUAUAUACACAACAUCGACCUCGUUUACAAAACAUUCUUUUAUCUCUAAUUAAAGGCCGUCUACGGGAACAAACUCAUCCUUGUAUUGAAGAAAAUACUAUGUUAAAAGAAAAGCCUCAGGAUAUCAUUGUCUACAUGAUUGGCGGUACAACUUAUACUGAAGCAAGAAUUGUUCAUGAAAUUAAUCUUUAUAUACCAGGUGUUCGUAUUAUUCUUGCAAGUGAUCAUAUUCAUAACAGUAAAUCCUUUUUACAGCAAUUGAAACGUUUUAACACUACAGAAACAAAUAAAUAAAACAAA